CUUUGUUGAGCUGGACUUGCAAUAGCAUGCAGUUCGCUAUGGACAAUCCGAAAACUCUGCAUCUCUCACCCACAAACAAUGACAACACCUCAUCCAUACUACCCGCUGUCGCUGGCCAUGGACACAUACGUGGCCCCCACGCAGCACCCGCUGACCCUGGUAUGCACCAUCGGCACGGCGCUCGCACUGGUCCUCCUCCUCUCCUACAUCCUGGUGCUGCGUCCGCUUCCACUGCCGCGCUCCACUAUGCUGACAGCGCAGUGGUUUGUUCUGUGCGGCUCCCUGCACUGUGUUUUUGAGCUCUACUACCUAGCUCAGUUCACAGCGCUGCCGGAAAGCACUGACAUCAUGGCCAGCCUCUGGAAGGAGUAUGCAAAAAGCGACAGCCGGUAUCUCACGCAGUCGUCGAUGGUUGGUGCGCUGGAGUCAGUCACGGUUGUAGUCGUGGGGCCGCUCUGCUGGCUGGUGGUGAUUGGGAUUUGCAGAGACUCGCCUGUGCGCUGGCUUGCGCAGCUGGUGGCAAGCGUGCUCCAUGUGUACUCGGUGGUGCUGUACUUUGCUACAGAGAUCAUUGCCAGCGAGUCAAGCUGCCGGCCGGAGCCACUCUACUACUACGGGUACUUUUAUGCCAUGAACGCCCCCUGGCUGGUGGUCCCGCUGUGGCUGGCCACAAGCGCUGCGAGGGAGAUCCACACAGCCAUGCAUCAGGCAAUGCAGAAGCCUUCACAGUGCAUUGUCGAAAAAAAGAAAAAGGGAUAG